UGCUGUCACAAUGAUUAAACAAACACAAGUACACACACAAAUACAAAUGCAGGUAAAAUAGUAAGACACUGUUCAGUGUCACAUGCUGUAAAAUAUUUUUUUGUUGCUGUUAUUGAUCUUUUUUAUUAUUGUCAUUUUCUAGGUGGUUGUAAAUAAAAAUUAAAAUCAUGUUGAUUGGAAUCUCCAAAGCAAUCAUUUUGGUGUUCCUUGAUAAAAGGGCAUAUAAAUGGCUGACAGCUUUAAAUGAAAUCAGAACAAAACUGUUAAAUGAUGUUUAAUUUAUUUUGCUUAACGCUGUAAGGGAACUAAAUCCUUUACAGGGUAACAUACACACAAAGAUUCACACCUAGGAGGAAUCUGACAAUCUAACCACCAGCAAGUUUUGGGAGCCUGAGGUAAAUUCAAGAAAUUUGUUGAAACACACACAUACAAGGAGAGAACAUAAAAAAUCCAGUAACCUAAGUUUAGAAUCAAACUGGAACCCUGGAGUUAUGAGGUGCUUAUGCCAUUCCUGUUGCUAAUAAUGAUACUAAUAAUGGUGUAUACCAUAGCACUGCUCAAUUCUCUAAUCUGUAUUAUGAUAUGUUUAUAAUAACGCACAAUUUCUGUGUUAUCACAUCUACUUUAAUAGCAAAUUAAUAGAGACAUACAUGCUAGAUGGUUCACAUAAUCUAAAUCCAAUAAACAGAUGAAGAAAAUGUGUGGCUAACAAAAAAAAGGUGAUGAUUUUACUAGGGAAGCUUAUGCAUAUUAUAGGCAACAUAUAGUUAAGAAAUCAGUGCAUCAGUGAGUCAGCAGUGAGUUAAACAAGAGGACGGUGUCAUGUUUCUACCCCUUUUUUUCCCCAUCACGAAAAACACUUCUGGGUUGGUCAUCAUGGAUCGAGCACUUUUCGAGUUAGCUUGAGUUAGCUACGUUAUUUAAGGACACAGAUGACACUUGCUCAUUGCCAAAUGGUCUCUCUAGUUCGCUUUGUGCCCUGUGAGACAUCUUGCUGUUUCCUGCUUGAGUAUUUUCCCAGUUUUGACUUUUGCCUGUUCCUGUUUGCCGACCCUGUCUUCUGUCCCAGUUUGCCUUAGUUUAUCCCUGCUUUUUGACCCUGCCCAUUACAGUUCUCGUCUCUGCCUGCCCUCUGCUACCGCUGACUGUGGAUCAGAUUACCUGGAGUAUGUUUUGGAUUUUGCCUCUUGGAUCACCCCUUGGAUUAUUACCUCCUGUUCUGUGGAUUAUUGUGUGUGAACUCUGCUAUUGUGUUAACCUCCCAUUCUGUGGAUUACUGUUUUACCUUGCACACCCCUGUUACUUUGCACCUGUGGACUCAAAGACUUUUGGACUGUCUGAACUGUGCUCUGACACUGUGAGACUGUGUUUCUCUUUUGGCUCAUUAAAAUCCAUUCAACCAGAGUCCUGCCUGGCAUCCUGCAUUUGGGUUUGUUGUAAAUUAACCGAAGACCAGUAGAAGGGUGAUCAUGGAGACUUGGAAGUAUGUUGCAGGAAUCUUUUAUUGAAGAUUAGAACACACUCAGAAUUGCUGUGGUCAUCAAGAUCUCCACAGACAGACAAGAAACCUCUGGUAUUUAUACAGAUUUUGGUAGGCUGUCCUUCAGGUUGUGUUUUAAGCAGACCCCUCAUUUUCCCCUAACCCCUCUUAGAGACUAUGUUUACCCACUAAGAUUUGCGACCCAUUUGGUUGCGAGAAAGAAUGUUUACGACCUUUCCCGAACAGCAGCUACAGGAGACAUGCCUGCAUAUCAUAUGCGGUCCACAUCGUCAGGGCUACCACAAGGUAUGGUCAUGGCUCCAUCACCGAGAGCAAUCCACAGUCCAGAGCAACAAGCAGAGGCCACACUCAAACGAGAGGUUCGCCUAAUGAAGAACCGACAGGCAGCACGAGAGUGUCGUCGGAAGAAGAAAGAAUAUGUGAAGUGCCUGGAGAAUCGCGUUGCUGUGCUGGAAAACCAGAAUAAAACACUAAUAGAGGAACUCAGAGCUCUGAAAGACAUUUACUGCCACAAGCCUGAGUAACACACACACUUGCGCACACACGCACACUCUACACACGCAUAUGCUGUUAAGACUGAUCCUUAAGCACAUACUGCAACAGAAAUUUACAUAUUAUCUAGAAUCAGAACUACUUUUUGCUUGUGAAUGCUCUGAAUUGCUUUUUAUUUUAUGUAUGUUUUUUUAUUUAUUGCAUGAACCACAUUUGUUUGGUAGCCAGCUGUGGAACAAACAUUAAUGCUGUAUUAAACUGAAUGCUAUAUUCAUUGCAUUCUUAUGCUACUCUUGACAUUCCUGUCUUUUCUGAGUGGAAAGUAGUGUAUGUAGUUAUUACAUGUUAUUACUAAACACAGAGCAAUUUAAGGCCAAGUAAUACCUGUCAAAUUGAAAGUGAUUGUUAGGGUGUUUCUCUAUGUUUGUUGGCUGCCCUUUCUUUGUUUAGUUACUGUAGCAUUCUCCUAAAAAUCUAUCAUGUUCUCACUCAGUAUACCUAUUCACUAUCUGCCUUAAAAUAUCACUUAAAAUAUCAGAAAAACAACACUGUUGAGAGUUAUGUGUUUAACUAUUUGGGUAGUAUUAAUUUUACUCCAUACUGUCUUAAUUGAGCUACACUGAAAACACUGUUAAAUUAACUCCAUUACACAAACUAAUUUCCCAUUAAGAACUUGUUCAUUUUUUGCAUUCUCCCUUGAAGUGCAAUAUGAUGUUGAAUUAAAUCAUUACAAAAGAA